AGACGCCCGCUGCGGAGCCUCUGCCCAUCUCUGAGAGGAAGACCAGGUGAUGGCAGCCAUACUCCUCACAGCCUGGCCCCAGGGACUUCACGGACCCCCUGAGGCUCAUCCAUGGACCUCCAUGGACUACAGGGCCUGAGCCAUGGAAUUGGCCUUAGGGCAGCAGGAACCUGUUGUUUCAGCAGUUGGUGACCUUUGCGGAUGUGGCCGUGUACUUCACCCAGACGGAAUGGGAUGGCCUGUCCCCUGCACAGAGGGCCCUGUACAGGGAAGUGAUGCUGGAGAAUUAUGGGAAUGUGGUCUCCCUGGGUAAGGCCUCCUUCCCCCUGGGACCCAAACUCUGCCAUUUGGGGUUUUCUGCUUUCCUUCCCCCUUAUGGGUUGCAGGCAGGGUCUCUGGUGGGAGCCCCAGAGGUUGAGAGUCCAAAUCCCCUAGACUCAGGGAUUGCUGGGAAGGGUGAGCCCUGAGUACUUUUGGGACCAAGAGAGGACUUUGUUGAGACUGGUGUUUACUUUUACUCCACCCUACAGAAGCUGUGUUUUGGACACAGUGUGGAAAAAAGUAACUUCCUGUUCCACAGUGGCACCUUCAGGUUCCCCCUCACCUUACUUCUAUCUCUUGAGUCUUUCCAAGGAUCUCAGUGUACGCUAAGAAUAUCUCAGGCCAGCGUACCCUAAGAAUAUUUCAGGCCAAGAAUAUAUCAUGGCCGAAAAGUAGUCUCCCUUUGAGCAGAAUCUCCCUGGGUGGUCCUGCCUCUAGGUCCACACUCGGGGCCCUUCCCAAGCUCCCCCAUACCUUCCCUUGAUCCUUAGACACAGGGCUCGCUGGGGCUUUCACUGUCUUUCCCCACUGCUGAUACAGCCUGAGUGGAGGCUUAGGAGCUCAUCUGCGGGAUUAUUCUCCUGUCUCUACUACUUCCUUCUUCCGAACCAGGAUUUCCACUUCUCAAGCCUGCUGUGAUCUCACAACUGGAGAGAGGAGGUGAACUGUGGGGCCCGUCUCCACCAGCAGCUGGAACAGGAAGAGGCCCCCAAGGCCUCUGGACUGGCACUCCUAAGAAGGAAGUCAGCUCACAAUUACCAUCCCGUCCUGGAAGCCAGGCUAACACACCUAACCCUGAGCACAAGGCUUACUUGUGGGUUACAGGGAGAGGCAGCAGGCUGCAUCCAGACUGUCCCUUCCACAGAAUGGGAAAAUUAAGGUACCUCUGCAUGAUAGCAUACUAUGAGUAGAUACUGACAUUGAGAUGGACAACAACUUGACCAAGAAAAUGUGUGAAGAGAAAAAUAGUAAAUUAUUUGAACUUCAGAGUAACUUUUCCAAAAACACAGACUUUUCAGAAGCCUUUAUUCUAGAGAAACUUCAAGAAGUCCAUUCAAUUGGAAGUAUGAAGGAAGCAAACAGUGGUAUAAUUGACAGAACAGUGAAAGAAGAGACAAGCCCUGUGGAGGACUGUUUCUUGAGUCGAAGUCCAAACUUGUAUCGAUGUCAUACCAUCUCCACUGGAGAGCACCCCCCUGAGUGUACAGAAUUGGAGAAAACCCUCAGUGUUGACACAAAACUUAUUCAGCAUGAAGUAAUUAAUACUGGGGAAAGACUUUUCAAAUGUGAAGAAUUAGUGGAAACCUUUACAUGUGACUCCCAGCUUAAUCAGCUUCAAGAUAGCUACCUUAGAGAGAAGCCCUAUCAGUGUAAGGAAUGUGGCAAAGCCUUCAGCAUUCAAGCAAAAUUAAUUUGGCAUCAAAGACUUCAUACUGGGGAGAAGCCCUUCAGAUGUGUGGAAUGCGGAAAGAGUUUCAGUUACAGUUCCCAUUAUAUCACACAUCACACAAUCCACAGUGGUGAGAAGCCCUACCAGUGUAAAGUUUGUGGGAAAGCCUUCAGUGUUAAUGGGAGUCUAAGUCGGCAUCAGAGAAUCCAUACUGGAGAGAAGCCCUAUCAGUGCAAGGAGUGUGGAAAUGGCUUCAGCUGUAGUUCUGCAUAUAUCACGCAUCAAAGAGUACACACUGGGGAGAAACCAUAUGAGUGUAAUGACUGUGGGAAAGCUUUCAAUGUUAAUGCAAAAUUAAUUCAGCAUCAGAGAAUCCACACUGGAGAGAAACCCUAUGAAUGUAAUGAGUGUGGGAAAGGCUUCAGAUGCAGUUCCCAGCUUAGGCAGCAUCAGAGUAUCCACACUGGAGAGAAACCCUAUCAGUGUAAGGAGUGUGGAAAAGCCUUCAAUAAUAAUGCAAAACUCAUUCAGCAUCAAAGAAUCCACACUGGGGAGAAGCCCUAUGAUUGUACUGAAUGUGGAAAAGCCUUUAGUGUCAAAGGGAAAUUAAUCCAGCACCAGAGAAUCCACACAGGUGAGAAACCGUAUGAAUGUAAUGAAUGUGGGAAAGCCUUCAGGUGCAACUCCCAGCUUCAGCAGCAUCUGAGAGUCCACACUGGGGAGAAGCCCUACGAGUGUAACGAGUGUGGAAAGGCCUUCAAUGUGAAUGCAAAACUAAUGCAGCAUCAGAGAAUCCACACUGGGGAGAAACCCUUUGUAUGUAAUGAGUGUGGAAAAUGUUUUUCUUCAAAAAGAAACCUGCUAGAUCAUCACAGAAUCCAUACUGGAGAAAAGCCUUAUCAAUGUAAGGAAUGUGGGAAAGCCUUUAGUAUCAAUGCAAAAUUAACUCGGCAUCAGAGAAUACACACUGGGGAGAGACCUUUCAAAUGUACGGAAUGUGAGAAAGCAUUUAGCUGUAGUUCUGACUAUAUUGUGCAUCAGAGAAUCCACACUGGAGAGAAACCCUUUCAAUGUAAGGAGUGUGGAAAAGCCUUCCAUGUUAAUGCCCAUUUAGUUCGGCAUCAAAGAAGCCACACUGGAGAAAAACCCUUCAGAUGUGUGGAGUGUGGCAAAGGCUUCAGUUAUAGUUCUGACUGUAUUAUACAUCAAACUGUCCAUACUUGGAAGAAACCCUAUGUGUGUAAUGUGUGUAGAAAAGCCUUUAGGUUUAGCUUCCAACUUAGUCAGCAUCAGAGUGUCCACAGUGAAGGAAAAUCCUAAUAAUGAGGAAGAUGAAGAAAAUUCUCAAGGUUAAUGCUGAAAUGGAUCAAGUACCAUCAGGUUCACCCUGGUAGAAAACCCUGAGAGGGAAAUGAACAAGGCAGAGUAUUCACAUGGAAACACAUUUUUCCCCCUAUUUUUAUUGACCUUUUAAUCAGGAAUGGAUGAUCAGUUAAAAAGUAACAUCCAAAAAUUUAUGGCUUUUUUUUUUUAAUGCAAACAACCAAUAAGGAAGUAUAAUGAAAGAAAAUAGCCCAUUUCCAACAGCAUCAAGAAAAGUAGAUUUUUCUAGGAAUAAACUUAAUAAAUUUGCAGAACCUGUAAGGGGAAAAUUAUAAAUCUCCACUGAGGGCUGCAAAAGGAAACUUAAGUAAGUGAAGAGAGAGACCUUGUUCUUGGAUAGGAAAACCCACAUUAUUAAGAUAGUAACUCUACUUAAAUUAAUUUAUUUCUGUUUAUUUUUGACAAGCAUGCAUCACUUUUGUAAAAAGGA